ACUUGACAAACUUAAUGCAUUACACCACAAGUUUCUACUCAAUUUUUCUAACAAAUUUUCCCAUUUUUUCUAUGUGAUUUUCACUGUAUUUCAUUGUUUUUGAGUGUAUUUUGGGAAAGAGUGAAUCAGAAAAAUGAUGAUAACUUUUCAAGGUUUUUCAAAGCAGAAAUCUCCUCAGGUUCUAUUUGAAAAUGCAUUACCGUCGUCUGAUCCUGGAACCCUGGAGCAAUUAAAAGAGUUGAGCUCCAGAAGGAGAGCUAUCGAAUCCAUCAAUCAGAAUAGCUUUGUGACAGAGGCCAUUGCUAGAGAAAUGUCUGGGGGGUUGACUUCUCGAUGUGAACAGAAUAUACAGAAGGUAGAACAAUAUUUGCCACUUUUGGGGAACUUGAUACACCAUGUAAAUAUAUACUACAUCACAGCUNCACCAAGAGAAGAGUCAUGGAGACUAGUUUAUAAGCAAGCGAUUGAUGACUUGACUGUGCUGCUCCGGAAGUAUGAACACGAGAAUGAGUUUGUCUGGCACGAGAAAAUUCCGAUGCAGGAUGAGUUGCCGGUACCUCAAGGUGUCAAGAUUGUUAGUUCCAUACUUUAUCAACCACAAAGAUGGGAAAGAACACUUGUUUUCAAAAUGUAA